AUUACAGAAUUUCCGACUCUACAGACCUACUUAUUUUUAGCCCAACAAUAGCGUUUAAAUCAACUCUGUGGUGUAUUCAUCACUGUCAUCUUCUGAAAGACGAGACCAAACGACUGACCUACGCGACGUAAUGUACGGUUCCUAUACUGCCCUGUAAGACUAUUUGCCCGAGAACCGUGGAUCUAUGCAUAGGAUAGGGAAUUUCCGUGUCUAUAAAUAGAACAGGAUUGGCCUAUAUAUAUAUACACACGCACACUCAACGGAAACAUUCGAACCCAGAUCUGUGAGAACCACUACCGAGAACACCUUGGGAUACCUGAAAUCAUCUCAAACUUCAAUGUUUUAAUAAGUGGGAAAUAUUCAAGUAGUGAUCAUUGAAUAUUUUGGAUUAUUUUAACAUCGAUAUUCAACUUUGGAAAUAAUUCCACAAUAAGGAGUAUUUAUAUAAGUCACAGAGUAUUAAACUCUUAAAGAUGACAAGGGAGUCUGAUACCGCACAAGUUAUAGAGUUUGAUGAGGGACUGGCCGAAGCCAGUAGAGUUGCCAUGGAAACCGGGAUGCUGACCCCACUGGUGAAAGAGGAACUCAAAUACACCAUACUAUCCAGGAGGGAAGCGAAUGGCAAAGGUCAAAUAGAGGUCACGUUUGAUGACCCUCAGCAAUACCAGUUGACCACAGAGGAGUUGGAGAAAGUGGAGAAACGGCGUCAACAGAACCGAAGUGCUGCCAGACGAUUUCGUCACAGGCAGAAACAAACGUCACAUGAUUUCAUCAAGAAAAUCCAGUCUUUAGAAUCCAACAAUACGACGUUACGAUCCGAACUUGAAAAGGUGAGCCGAGAGAAGGACGAGUUACAGCGAGAGUUACACGCACAUUUACUUCACUGCCCAACUCUCGGGCUAAACAACACCCACCUCUGUCAGGAAUAUCAUCUCUUCGAACAAUAGGCCUACAGCUUCACGGGUCAGCUUCAACAAGACACUGGCUGUACACGUGUGUGGUGUCCCAGUACUGGACAAGCCUGCACUUUUUAACGGUUCCCAGUUGGUGCUACUGUACAUUAACAAAACUGUCUACAUGGACAAAAAACAUGUCUACAUUGAUCAUAUUUAGGCGAAAUACAACGUUACACGUUUUCCCUAUGAAUGUUGAUUGUGGAUCUGAUAUUAAUGGGUUGUUCUAGAAAUCAAGUGUUUGGUUCAAAUUAAUGAUACUGAAACAUAUCAAAAAUGUUAUUUUUGUCUAGAAUUUAGUUAAUUCUAUAUCGUAAUAAAAUAAUAAUAUUGGACGUUUGUAGGUAGGAUAUAGUCAAUCGAAUUUUAUAAAAUGAACAUGACAUUGAUUUUCGAUUAUUUGUGACCACAAUGGUUUGAACACUGAACAGUUUGUGUACAACCCUGGUGCUGUAACGGUCGCUCUACAGAAUUCAGCCUCUAUUCAAGAACAUCCUUGAUUGGAUUUUUUUAUGAUUUGAUCAUUGGUGAAUAGUAAUUUUAUUGAUCUGUAUGUUAUUUACUUGAACGGUAUUAUGAAUUCCAAUUGUUUACUAUAUAGAAUCUUUUUUAAUGUGUUUAAACAACUAAACCCCCUGUGAUAACUUUUUACAUUUGUCUAUUUCACAAUAAAAUGUAUGUUU